AUGUAUUCUUCAACGCUGGACGGAGGUCUUCAAUCUGGCAAGGACAUCUCCAGGCCUGAAGAUAACCUACUGGCAAGAGAAUUCAUAGAUGUUUCCCAUGCCUCUGUUUCCCCUUCUGCCGGCAGGAAUUCAAAUGAGCCAAGGUUUCAGAAUAGCUUGCAUCAGAAUCUCGAAGAAUUCCUUGCAAAAAGCCCCUUAUGGAAAGAGAGAGACAACAAACGUUCCUCCAAUAGGAGUCCUGAACGUCAGAAAGGUCGUGAUUGUGAUCCACAAACGUUGGAAUACCCUAAUGAUGGUAGCAGAGGAGCAAUCAAGAUUGGUCAUGAAUGGAAGAAAUGGACUGCUGUGCUUCAGAUUUAUUCAAAAUUCUCAGAGGAUUUCAAACAAUUGAUUUCUCUGUUGACCAAGGAGCUUAAUUCAAAGUCGAUCGAUGUCCUGGAAGAUAUUUUGCUUCACCACCAGAGGUCAAAAACAUAUGAAUUCCUUCACAAUGAAAUCUUUUCUCUGGAAACAUCUAAUCUUCAUAUCCUUAAGCGUGAAAGAUUAGGUGAAACAAGACUAUUGUUGCAUCGGAUUGUGCUCGAAAAGGCAAAGUUACAGCUGAAGAACAAAAAAAUUACAAAUCUUGAAAUCUGGGAUUCAGGAGUUGCAAAUGUUAAAGAUGAGUUAUUUGUCAAGGGUGUAUAUGACAAAUUGACUACAAUGAGGCAGGCAUUAGAAGCCUUGGAGAGAAAGAUUACAAAUUUGAACAGAACUUUUCAUGCUUCUUGCGAGAUCAAAGGUGAACCAAGCUGUUGUGACACCGUUGCUUUAGUGAAUGAAUGUUUGACGAAGAGGGCUUGUUGCAGAGAGAGAGAGAGAGAGAGAGAGAUUCUUGAAAAGACUUCAGCUCACAACAGCCACUGGUUCUCUCUGUGCAAAACUGAUCUAAAUUAUCUGUUCAAAACCUGCAUUUUGUUGAGAUCCUUUGUAUAUUGUCGCUCGGAUUCAGCAUGCUUGUGUUUGUCCUGUGACCGUAAUGUCCAUUCAGCGAAUGCCCUCUCAAGACGUCAUCAACGGACACUUCUGUGUGAGAGAUGCAACUCUCAACCGGCUUUUGUCAGAUGUUUUGAGGAGAGGACGUCUCUUUGUCAGAAUUGUGAUUGGGGGGGGCAUCCGAGCUCAAAUGGAAGUCCUUCGCACAAGAGACAAGUGCUUAAUUGUUACACUGGCUGCCCUUCAGCUGCCGAACUUUCUUCAGUCUGGUCAUUUCUUUUAGAUUUCUCUCAGGUCAAAAAUUCAACCUGUGAGCAGGGAAUGGGUUCAAUGAGCAUCAGUGAUAACGGACCAAGGGACUGUGAAGGUCCCGAAGGAAAGAAUGACACUCAAAAUGCACCUGUUGCAGUCGAAAUGAGUGACUAUAGUAAUAUGGCUGUCGAUAAAUCAAAUGUUAGGAUGAAAUCAGAAACACCUUUGGUUGAUCCCAAGGUUAACAAUGCAGAACAGCUAGUCAAGUCAACUUCAGCUAAUUCUAAGGUUUUCUUCUCUGGAAAAGAAGGAACUGGUUUAUUUAGAGAUGAUCAAUUCUAUGAUGAUUUUAUUAUGGAUGAAAUUGACUUAAAUAUUGAGAACUAUGAAGAAAUCUGUGGCGUCGCUCUUAAUAAUCAAGAACAGCUAUUUGAUGAUGAUGAGAUUGACGGAAUAUUUGGGAUGAGGGACAAGUCUGGUGCUAAUUCCAACUGUCAACAUGCCUAUGCUGCUGAGGGGUCAUCUGCUGUGGGGGCGAAUGUGGCACAACCAACAUGCAGCAAUGGAGCAUCUGCGGAUUCAAAUAUAAGCUGUAGGACUGAUCCAAACUUAUGUUUUGCGAGGCAAUUUUCUGGCCUCAAUGAAGAAAGUAGUGCUGGAGAUUAUCACGAUUGCGGACCUUCUUCGAUGCUUCUCAUGGGUGAGCCGCCAUGGUGUUCUCCGGGUCCUGAAAGUUCCACGCCUUCUUCUAUCAGGAAUGAUGCAGUAAUGCGUUACAAAGAGAAGAAAAAGACGCGAAAAUUUGAGAAGAAAGUAAGGUACGCAUCUAGAAAGGUAAGAGCAGAUGUAAGAAGACGCGUGAAGGGACGGUUUGUCAAGGCUGGUGAAGCAUACGAUUAUGAUCCACUGAGCAAAACCCUAAGUUACUGA